CCCGAGUAGACGAAAGCGCGCUCGAGAAAAAGGGAAGGUUCUCUCUCCAGCCGCAGCGUUGAGGAGGAAUAAGUGGCGAAUUGUACAGCCUUUCAAAAGACUUCCAAGUAAAUUCAGGCUUGCGUCAACCGAGCAUCGGAACAGAUGGAUAAUGGAGACUGGGGAUAUAUAAUGACUGAUCCAGUCACUCUAAAUGUGGGCGGUCACCUGUAUACGACGUCACUCACCACUCUCACGAGGUAUCCUGAUUCGAUGCUGGGGGCCAUGUUCAGGGGAGACUUCCCUACAGCCAGAGACUCUCAAGGCAAUUACUUCAUCGACCGGGAUGGGCCAUUGUUCCGGUAUGUUCUUAACUUUUUACGGACAUCAGAGCUAACUGUGCCUAUGGACUUCAAAGAGUUUGACCUGCUUCGGAAAGAAGCAGAUUUUUAUCAGAUUGAACCCUUAAUCCAAUGUCUUAAUGAUCCCAAACCUUUGUAUCCUGUGGAUACGUUUGAGGAGGUGGUGGAGCUGUCCAGCACACGCAAGCUUUCAAAAUACUCCAACCCGGUGGCAGUGAUCAUAACCCAGCUGACCAUCACGACCAAAGUCCAUUCGUUGCUGGAAGGCAUUUCCAACCAUUUUACUAAGUGGAAUAAGCAUAUGAUGGACACUAGAGACUGUCAGGUUUCUUUUACUUUUGGGCCAUGCGAUUACCACCAGGAAGUCUCUCUCAGAGUUCAUCUGAUGGAGUACAUCACAAAGCAAGGCUUCAGUAUCCGAAACACGAGGGUUCACCACAUGAGCGAACGAGCCAAUGAAAAUACAGUCGAACACAACUGGACUUUCUGCAGACUGGCACGGAAAACGGAUGACUGACUUCCUUACGCCGCCCUCCCCUUCUACCCCCCACCCCCAUUUAUUCUCCAAAAACUAGCAGCUUCUCAGAACAGUGGGCUCAGUUCAGUAGUCCCCUUCUGCUUGCUGAAAGAUCUUAAGUUGGAGAAAGGAGCCCAUCUUCUACUGGAAGUUGUAUUGGAUCCAGAGCAAAGAUUUGCAGAUCUUUCUGGAUUUCCUCACUGCCCCAGCAGUCCUUUCCAACCCUGGGAAAAAUUGUUCCUCUGGUUGCAGGACUUGUGGGGUAAUAGCCACCUCGGUCGAGAGGCUGAAAGUCAGGAAGGGGAAGGCAUGGAAUCACUCCCUGCUUCCUCUUCUAUUUGCUGUGCUCUGCUCAUCAAAGAGUCAGGAGGAAGUGAUUUUUGUCCCUCCCCCCCCUCCUGAACCCAUGAGGCUGUAACUUCAUAUGGGUCAGACAACCCUGUGAAUAAACUUUCCCAGAGAUGAAAGGGACUGCGGGGGUGGGGGUGGGAGCCUGGAAGAUUGGCAAGCAUCAGCACCUUCUGCUGACCAAUCACAGGGUCCAACCCAAUAAAUGCAACCCAAUGUGUUGGUGAUGGGAGUUGGGCUUUGUCUUAAGCAACAUCAGAGGCUCCCUCUUUUUUUGUUAUGAAUAUUUAUUACUGACUUAUGGACUGGAGAACUGACACGCUCUGGCCCUGGCCUGUCUUGUCUUUUGUCAACGUAUGCAUGUGCCUGCUCGAACUGUCAAGACACUUCGUUACAAAGGAGGAAACAUCGCAGAAUAACUACAGUAGGAUACCAUUUCUUUUGUGUUGUCCACACACUACAGUGUAAAGUGCUAAAUUUUAAAAAAUCACCUCCUGUUUUAAACAGUGUUUAUUUCAUCUCAUGCUAUUAAAAAACAAACAAACAGUGGGAACAAAACAGAGGGCCCUGAUCCCCUGGGAAAGUCUCCUGUGCAAGCUGUGUUGAAAUGAAGGGGAAUGGUGGAAGAGGCACAUGUGAAUGAAAAGUUCCUUCUGGACCAUGCCCGGAAUGUUAGAAGUUCAGUGGAGAGGAAGGAGCUACCAUCAUGUAAUCUAAUCUAGUUUUCCUAAACAAAUAAGCAAGCAGUAUUAUAAUUUAGUGACCAACAAACAAACCACUUCCCUUGUUUUCCCCCCCAAGUGCAGCAUUUUACAGUUACAAUGUUUUUCCCUAUGCAUUAUAAAUCAAGCAACCAAAUAUAAUGUGCAGCUACAAAAAAUGCAUUUAUACUGGAUUCUGAAUGCAAAAAAAAAA